GUAAUUAUUAUAUCAUGUAAGACAAAAACAAAAUGAAAUAAAACGAUGUGGCAAUCUGGUCGUUGGAUUUUGGGUCAUUGUCAAAUAAUCCAACGGUGUUAAUGUCGACACGCUGGCGUUGAAAAUCCAGUCAAACUUGGGAGAGCUAAUCACUCGUACCUAUAAUUUCUCUCUAAUUAAGCUCAAGACAUUGAUUGUCAUUUGUUCUUCUUCACUCUCUCUAAUAAUUCUCCAGAACAUUUUGCACAUUCCGUUUCACUCCGUGUUGUUGGAUCCCCCAAAGAAAAUGAGUUGCUUUGGGUGUUGUGGGGAGGAUGAUGAUAUGCAUAAAACUGCUGAUUAUGGAGGUCGUCAUAACCAAGCCAAACACUUUCCUCCAGGAAAUGAUGCAAGGCACCACCAAGCCUCUGAAACUGCACAGAAGGGUCCUCCAGUUGUGAAGUUGCAGCCUAUUGAAGUACCUAUUAUCCCUUUUAGUGAACUCAAAGAAGCAACUGAUGAUUUUGGAUCGAAUUCUCUCAUCGGUGAAGGCUCUUAUGGAAGAGUAUACUACGGGGUAUUAAACAAUGAUCUGCCUUCAGCGAUUAAAAAGUUGGAUUCUAACAAACAGCCUGACAAUGAAUUCCUUGCUCAGGUUUUGUGUGGUUUUCUGUUACUACUGUGUUAUGGUCACAUAAAUGUCUCACUUUUUUUGUGUUUAAGAACUUGGGAAAUUUUGACACUGCUUGUAGGUUUCCAUGGUUUCUAGGCUUAAACAUGAUAACUUUGUUCAACUUCUUGGCUACUGUGUUGAUGGGAAUUCACGGAUACUUUCUUAUGAAUUUGCCAAUAAUGGAUCUCUUCAUGAUAUUCUUCAUGGGAGAAAAGGUGUGAAAGGAGCACAGCCAGGUCCUGUCUUGUCGUGGUAUCAACGAGUCAAAAUUGCAGUUGGAGCUGCAAGAGGCCUUGAGUACUUGCAUGAAAAAGCUAAUCCUCACAUCAUUCACCGUGACAUUAAAUCCAGCAAUGUCCUCCUCUUUGAAGAUGAUGUUGCCAAAAUUGCUGACUUUGAUCUCUCUAAUCAAGCUCCUGAUAUGGCAGCUCGCCUUCAUUCCACCCGAGUUCUUGGGACUUUUGGUUACCAUGCCCCUGAAUAUGCAAUGACCGGGCAGUUAAAUGCCAAGAGUGAUGUCUACAGCUUUGGAGUUGUCUUACUCGAACUUCUUACAGGUCGAAAGCCUGUUGAUCAUAGACUACCCAGAGGCCAGCAAAGUUUAGUCACAUGGGCUACACCUAAACUGAGUGAAGACAAGGUUAAACAAUGCGUUGAUGCAAGACUCGGUGGCGAUUACCCUCCAAAAGCUGUUGCUAAGUUAGCCGCGGUUGCUGCGUUGUGUGUGCAAUAUGAAGCAGAUUUUAGGCCGAAUAUGAGUAUCGUUGUCAAAGCUCUUCAACCUUUGUUGAAUGCUCGAGCCGUAGCUCCAGGGGAAGGAGUACAUUAGCCACCUCUGUCUCGGCGUUUCUCUUCUUACCAGAAAAUUUGAUUUUUACAUAUACACGAUAUACCAGUCAAAACUUAAUUUAUGUGCAUAGAAAUCUCUGUAAUGUUUUUUAAAAAACUAUAUUUUUACAUUAAAUCCGUUACCCUUAUUAUUUGGACUCUUGUUUAAUUCACAAUUAACCAGAAUCAUACAAAUUAAAACAUUCUUUUACUUGAUUUUUCUCUGUUAGUAAAUUAUAGAUUAUAACUUAAAUGUAAAUAAAAAUUGUUGUCGUUGUUAAUUUGCUCAUUU